AUGUAUAUAAUUAUAUGUAUCGUACGCUACGUGUAUAUAGUGCGAGAUUCGCUCGACCGCGCGCCCGCUCUGCGUCAAUUCGAUGUUGCUCACUGUUGUCAAUUCGUUGCGACGGGCUCGCCGCGUCCCCCCCGUCCCCCUACCCUCAUCCAUCCGACUUCUAGCUCGGUCCGCAAUUUGCGCGGUACUCCUUUCGUGUUGAUCCUUCAAUAUGUCAGCAGUACGGAAAUUGCCGAUCACGCCGCGACCCCCGACCGUAACGUGAGCCCGAGUCGACGGCCUAAAUGA